AUGCGCAAUCUGAAAUCUGGAUUGCAGGAAGCUUCACAGGCAGUUGCUGAAGUUGAAAGAAAGAAAAGAGAAAAGAGAAAACGGCAGUCUCUCCGUAACAAGGGAAGGAAUGAUCGAUACUCUGCAUCAGUUGCUGCCAAUCAAUUAACAAAUAGCAGCAGAGCAUCUUCAGAUUCAAGGGUGUCGUCAACUUGCAAUGAAUACGUGCGUGUUAACAAAGGUAACCAACUGGUCAGAAAUCCGAAGAAAGUAAUCCGCAUGCUAGCAAGUGAGAAGGUUCGAUGGAGUCUGCACACUGUUAGAAGACUGUUGGCAAAGAAGCAGCAAUAUUGUCAAUUCUUCACUCGCUUCGGCGAGUGUAAAAAAUCUGGUGGCAAGUGUCCCUAUAUUCAUGACCGAGCUAAAGUGGCAAUCUGUACUAAAUUUCUUAAAGGCUUGUGUUCUAGUACUAGUUGCAAACUAACUCACAAGGUCCUGCCAGAAAGAAUGCCAGAUUGUUCUUACUUUCUUCAAGGGCUCUGUACCAACACAGCCUGUCCCUAUAGGCAUGUGAAAGUGAACUCGAACGCCCCUGUUUGCGAGGAUUUUUUGAAGGGAUAUUGUGCUGAUGGUGAUGAGUGUCGUAAAAAGCACAGCUAUGUAUGCCCCGUCUUUGAGGCGACAGGAGAGUGCCCACAAGAAUCAAGAUGCAAGCUUCAUCACCCCAAGAAGAAAAACAAAUCCAAGAGAAGCAAAGUAGACACCGUCCAAAACAACAGUUGGGGUCGGUAUUUUGAGACAAGCAUUGGCCAUGGCAGUGGAGCAAGGAUAGUUUCUUUGGAGGAAGAAGAGAGACAGAAACCAGAGCAAGUCUCUAGUGAGGACUUUGCUGACUUCAUUGAACUUGGUGCCGAUAUUGAAGUCCCUGAAGAUGCAGACGCUUCAGAUGACAUACAGCUGAUGGAAUUGGACUCAGGGAAUCUCGAGAUGCAGGCUGACAAUCUUGACGCGAUAAUCAAGCCACUUCGGAUCAUGAGAACGGCAAGAGUUUGA